AUGGUUUACUUUUCUUUCUUCCAGCUUGAGAAGGUGAUCGAAGCAGAAAAGGAAGCUGCACGCCAGUUGGUUCAACAGAAGAAGAAAGACAGAGCUUGGAUUGCACCGAAGAAGAAGAAAUCCCAGGAAGAGCUCCUGAAACAAGUUGAUACAUGGCAAAUGAAUGUCGAACAACAGCUGGCAGAUAUUGAACUAGCAAGUAAGCAAAAGGCUGUAUUGGAAAGCCUAAAGAAUGGAAAUGCUGCCCUUAAGUCUAUACAGAGUGAGAUUAACAUCGAUGAUGUCCAAAAGUUAAUGGAUGACACAACUGAGGCCAAGGCUUAUCAGGAUGAAAUAAAUGCCGCUCUGGGUGAACAAUUAUCUGCUGAGGAUGAGGAGGCUGUCAUGGCUGAAUUCGACAACUUGGAAGCUGAGCUUGCACUUGAGUCUCUGCCGGAUGCUCCCGCUACUGAAGUACAACCUGAAAAGAAACCUAAAGCAACGGCUUACACUGAAGCUCCAGCUAAAGACAUUGAUGAUGUUAUUGAGCUUCCUGAUGUACCUACUAAAGCACCAGAGAGGCCUGAAGCUACAGAAAAAACAAAAGUCUUGGAAGAGCCACUACCUGCAUAGCUGGUGGAGCUGAGCUGAACAGGGAACUCCAAGUCCUGCAGUUUGCAGGAGCUGUAAAAUAUCUGCCAUUUGAUUGUAUUACUUAAUUCUGUCAUUUCAUAAGUUUCAUUGUGUAGAGACUCUGAAAUGCUGUUCUCAGUUAUCAAUUAACGCGAUGAUGGUCUGCCUAUUGUACAUUUAGUAGUCUCAGCAUCAAUUAUGGUGUCAAAUGUCUGUUGUUUCUUGAUUGUCGUUUGUAGAGUAAUUUGCUCUUGCAGCAUGCUACAAGCAGAUCCCCGUUGUCUCCUCUGGACAGCUACAAUUAAAUUAUGUUAACUGGGAUUCUAUUU